AUGUUCUCUUCCGCCGCCACGGAUACUCUGCCCGCCCGGUUCAGGGAAUAUAGUGGGGAUAAGACUCGAGAUGUCGCGAUUGCUUUUAUUGUAAUCGAAAUUAUUGCAGUCGGGCUACGGUACCUGGCUUUUAUGCUAAGCGAGAAAAGCUUCGGCAUCGAUGAUAUUUUGAUGAUCCCCGGAUUGAUCCUUUGCUUGGCGCUGAAUACUUCGGCUUUGAUUGGUAUCCGCCUAGGCCGUGUCGGCUAUCAUCUCGACGUCGUGAAAGCCCUCUACCCCGAGGCGAUGGUCCCAUGGGCCAAGGUCCUGGUCGUGACGCCUAUCGUGUACUCAGCUGCCUGUAUGGUCCCCAGAGUGGUGAUCCUGACUCUUUAUCUACGCAUAUUCCCCGAGAAGAAAUACCGGAUUGCCUGUUAUGUCUUGAUCGCGGUGGUUGUCGCUCUGGGCGUCGCUGAUAUCCUAACGGGUGCUUUCGAGUGUAUCCCGAUCGCGUAUCUUUGGGAUAAAAGUAUCCCUGGGGGACGGUGCAUCGAUCUCACGCAGUUCUUCCAUUAUGGGACCCUGCCGAAUGUGUUUGUCGACUUGCUUAUGCUAAUCCUGCCGCAGCCAAUUAUUUGGAAGUUGCAGACUAGCAAGCAGGUUAAGGUUGGGCUGGCGGCUACUAUAUUGACGGGGAGUGUGUAA